UAGGCAUUAACAGAUCUCAUUGUCAGACAGAGGUUGUGUAAAUCUAGUUCACAGCAUAGCUUGGGACAUCUCAGAGAAAUGGGGAAAUUAUUUAAGCUACCAAACAACCAUCGGAGGAAUGAGGAAAUUACCCAAGCUACUACACAACCAUCGGAGUACAUCAGACUGGAUGCAAACAUUUACAUUUGCCUGCGUGUUUCCAGCCAGCUAGAUUUUGGAUUUCAUGAUGUCAGUUCCUACGAGAGAAGACACAUCUCAUAUCUAUGAGACUCUAAUGACCAGGGCUUCAUCUUAUGAGACUCUAAUGAGCAGGACUCCAUCUUAUGAGAAUCAAACGAGAACGGCUCCAUUUGCAGUCCCAGCGUCAAAUGUGCCCGUAGCAUCUUAUUUUCAGAACGUCAGUCCCCAACACCCCAUGUACUACGGCCCUCCUACAAACCAGAACUGGAGUGUCCCCACUGGGGCACCACAAUGGCAGCUGUCCGCCAUCAUACCCCAAAAUAAGGACCCAUCUUUACCAUUUUUCCAAACAUUUCUGAAGGGUAAACCAAAGGCUCUGGGAAUUCUGGUCAUUGUGGCAGCCAUCUUGGAGAUUGGUCUGGGAAUUGCAUUGAUCUUCAGUUCCUUAUCUACCACGAUUAUAAGUGGCAUUACGUUUUGGGGCCCGGUGUUUUACAUAAUUGCCGGAUCUCUGACAAUUGCAGCUCAGACAAAACCCAAUAUCUGCUUGAUCAGAGGCUCUCUGGGACUGAACAUCAUUAGCUCCAUUUUCAGCAUGACAGCUGUGAUCCUAAACAGUGUUGAUUUCAUAAUCAUUCAGUGCUACCGUUUUAAUUACUCUAGUAGUUACACUAACUUGGAUGGGUACUAUCUAUGCCAACAGGAACUUACGAGGGGUUAUGCUGUUCUAUCUGUACUGCUUGGGAUAAAUUUGCUGCUCUUCUGUAUCACCAUUUCCACCUCUGUUUUUGGAUGCCGGUCUCUCUCAAAAGAACAAAAUGUCAACCAGGUGUUCGUGAUACAGAAUGAUGUUGUCUUUGCAAUGAAUACUGGUGUUCCCGUUGCUCAAACUACCAAUUAUGCUCAACAACCACCACUGGCAUAUUCAGUUAAUGUAGUUAAACUUUGACCAAUCCAUUAAUAAAGAGAACCUGUCACCUACA